AUGAGCACCCUUGCGCUGCCUUCGAGCAGCUUACCGCCUUUGUUCACCCUGACUAAGCUCGCUGAAACAGACGUCUUUAACGCCUUGGGCUACUUGGCGGCUAUUUACUGUCCGCUUUCGUUUCCGUUUUCGUUGCAGCUUGAUAAGAAGCACUCGCUUGUUGAGCCGGUGGAUUCUGGAUAUACUUCUGAGAAUGAAGAUGGCGACGGGGAGCAGACGCCCGCGACUAUUCGCGCUGAUCCAUACGAAAAGACAUUCACUGAGCGCUGGCUGACUGGAUUUAUCUCACGCGCCGAGAGUCUGUCGAUAUUCACUUCAGAAGAAACAAGCCAGCGCGCUCUUGAUCAGGCUGCAUACAUUUUCGAAUCUCUCUUCGCAGCCGCCUUGGACGAAGAUGACCAAAAUUCCCCUUUUAUGAGACAGUUUUCUUUUGAGACAUCCAUUCCAGGACAGGAAAAGCAGCAGAUUCAAGUCCAGCUCAACGAUGGACUUGCUGGAACAAACGACACAGAUUUCGAAGACGUCGGCCUCCAAAGUUGGGGUGCCUCCAUUGUUUUCUCAGAUAUGAUGUGUUCGACACCAAAGCGCUUUGGUCUCACGGAUCUCUCAUUAACCUCACACACCCGUAUAAUCGAGCUUGGUGCUGGCACAGGGCUCGUGAGUCUUGUCCUAGGAAAGUUGAUUCCUGUACUGGGCAUCAAAGACUCCAGGAUCAUUGCCACAGAUUACCACCCCGCUGUUCUGGAGAAUUUGCAAUCCAACAUUGCAAUCAACUACCCAGAAGAUGUUAUCAAACCUGUCGAAACAUAUCCCCUGGAUUGGGCAGACUUUUCACAAGACGCUCCCUUCGACGUUCCCGCCACGAUGCUUUUUGCUACAGAUGUAGUAUACGCCCCCGAGCACGCCUGCUGGCUCCGCGAUUGCGCCACGCAACUCCUAUCAGAUAAUGGAGUAUUCUGGCUCUUGGUUACAAUAAGACCGAACGGCAAAUUUGCCGGCAUUGGCGAUACUGUGGAGGCUGCUUUCACAGCGGCGGAUCGACCUUGUGGCAGAACAGGACAACGACUUGAUAUUUUGCAGCGCGAGAAGCUGGAUAAGCGUAGCGGUGUUGGACGAGGGGAUGAGAGUCAUUAUGAACUUUUUAGAAUUGGUUGGGCAUAG